ACAACAUCAUGGCGGCGUACGUGCUGAACACAAACACAGCACACUUUUACCCACGAAGAUAAGCAAUCGGAUAAUGACAAACGAUUCAAUUUGCGUUUAAAUGGUCAAGUCAAAUGAUGAACAAGAAAACUGACGGCGAAAUAUGCCAAAUCCAAGAAAGCACGACCAUAACACUGGCUCAAAUGACUUAAGUGAAAUCUGGAGUCAUGGUUCCACAUUUUCACAAAAAAGGCUGAGAACAAACAAAUCGCGUAAAAGUCAGAAACUGACUCCCCAAUCUUCACCUUCUGUCAGGAAGUCACCACAUACUCGGUCUAAAGAUCUGGAGACCCCCAAACGAGGAGCGAGGGGCAGAUACACGGGCUUAAACAACACUGCUGAUUCCCCCGGGGAUGGGGAUGUUUUACAAGACAUCAUAUGGGACCCGGCAUCACCUACUCCUGCUAGAAGUGGCGAAGGGCCCGGCAACACCAGAGUUGUUGAGAUAUCAGACAUUGUCAAUCGGAUCGCCCCUAAGGAUGCCCAGCAUGUCUCUGUGGAUAGUCCUCUCCUCCAGUGGAUUGGGGACAGUGCUGUCCCAUGUACCCCAGAGGUACGCCCGCCCAAAGCAAGGAAGAAAUCCACUCGGAAAAGCUCAGUGGAGGACUUGAUGCAGCUGGCCAGGCAGUUUGACAUCAACAUGCACCAGCAGGACCGAGAGAAGAGGAGCGCUGAACACACAAACAAUACCAUAAACAACAACCGCUACGGGGAGGAGCCCAAGGGCCCGACGAUGUCGUCAUCAGCCCAGCAGGUAGAGGCGGAGCUUAACGCUCUGUUCGACGGGCCGACGCAGCGAGUCACCGGACGGCUCAGCCAAGGGUCGACCGCCUCCACCUGUUCUCAGGAGGUCAAGGUUCAAGUUGGGGUCAGCCAUCUCACUGCCGAUGACUGCGUCAAAGAGUCUGAGGUCAAGCCUGGCGGGGGAAGCACGUCUGGUUCAUCGGCUCGUACUGGUAAAGAGGAAGUAGGACAGUGGAAAGCCACGACGACUGUGGCGAAAGACGAGGACUUUGACUGGGAGGAUGAUGACCUUCUCUGUGACCCUAUCGUGUUGGAGAUGACCCAGAAUCCUGACGGGCUGAAAACGCUGUCCCCCAAACCCAGCAGCUCAAGCACACACCUUCAACCCUCAAACAGAGAUGGCCUCACUGGGCCAUGUCCUAAACCCAAGCCCAACAGCAGAAGCACUUUCCUGCUGGAGCCCAACCUUUGUUUCCAGGUGAAUAUGGCUCCGACAACCAAAGAAGCACUCAGACCGUUCCUCACUGUUGGAGCGGCCCAGCCUGAGAGACCCAGGCCCGGCGUGUCUGCUGCUGUGGGAAGUAGGGGCCCCAGUAGAGACUCUGCAGAAGGGAAGGCUGAUGGGGUGAGCACAGCCACAACUCCAACCUCACGUGGAACCACAGCCCCAGACUCCGCUUUCAAAGACCUCUCAGAGGAGGACCUUCAGUCCCUGUUUGACUCUGAGUCGCUUUGGAACGACGACGAAGGUGACGAUGACGAACUGCUGUAUCAGGUGUGUGACGACGUGGAGAGGAUCUCCAACAGUCAGCCCCUGUCCGAGGAUGCCUCCGUAACCACGGAUACCACUGAGGUCCGCUUCCAAGAGAGCAAACCGAAAGCUCCUCCAUCCGCCCCUCUGGCUGCAACGAGAGAGGGGACUGUGACUAUGGAUAUGGCUGUAGGUGGUCCUAGCAGUAAACAGUCAACCACCUGCACGUCUGGCCGCUCCAACUCAGUGAGAGAGGGGACUGUGACUAUGGAUACGGCUGUAGGUGGUCCUAGCAGUAAACAGUCAACCACCUGCACGUCUGGCCGCUCCAACUCAGCACCAGGAGAUGGGAGCAGCACCCCUGUGCACUUUCAGAGAUGGAACAUUCCAGCGAAAGCAGGAAAUGUUUGGGUCGGACAUCAUACAGUCACGUCCCAGAGCCAUCCAGGCAGUGGGGAGGGUCUGGGCAAGUUUACCCAGCUGAAGGGUGCUCCAGGCUGGGGUACAUUUGGCCUAGGAUCCCUUGGAGUUAGAACCUUCCAAGCGGAGAACUCAAAGUCGGUCAUGCCACGGACAGUGUCGGCGAGAACCCUCCCAAACUCAAAUUCCCAUCCUGCGUCAUCGUUCAAGAGACAUCUGUCGGACUCGGCCGCCAUCGGCAACAAAGUGUUUGUCAACAGUCAGCUGACGGGGAGAUGCACGGAGGAGGAGAUUGAGAGGAAGAAGCAGGAGGCCAUAGCCAGAAGAAGGACCAGAGAAACCUCCCUAAAAGCAGGGGGACUUCCUCUGUGACUCAACAAUGGGACACUAAAUUAAUACACAGUAAACCAGAAUACCUGUAGAAUAGCUAUCCUAUGCUAGGUAGGUACCAUAAACAUUUAUCACGGUUUCUUCACAGAACACUGUCGGUGCUACUAGAACGAUUUUGCGUUACGGAGCUAUACUGCUUGAGACACACACACACACACACACACACACACUUGAGAGCUGCUGCACUUUUUUAGUUGCUAAUAUUCUCACUGUUGUUCUUUCUGGAGGUCACUGAGAAGUUGAGUAGAAUAUACCACAGCAACACUGUAUCAGGAGUCACAGCAACCGGUUGGCUUGUAAAUGCCUUUACAGCACCUCAAAGGGAGAUUUGUGUCACGUUGUUGUUGUUGUUGUUGUUUACACGUCUGUUGACAUUCCAUGUAGAUAAUGAGUCAUCUUGAUGAGCAAUGUGGAGAUCUAAUUCUACUGUCUUCCAAUAGUAUCUCUCAGAUAAACUAUAGGUCCACAACUCACCUUGUUGCUGCAACAUUAUAGUACAUUAUCGUUACACUGCAUGUGGUAUAUUAGUUCCUUGUGUUUUGCACCUUACCCAGAAAUGAGAAUAACUCCAACACUAUAAGCAGGUUUCUGUCCAAACUUUUUAUGUGAGUCGGGAAAGAAAAUGUCACCACAGACCUGAUGGAAACGGAACAUUUGUCAGUGAACUUGUCCAGAUGUCGACAAAACAAUAUACGCUAGACAAGAUGGGAUAUGAGAUGGGUGGUAAAAGUCUAAAGUGAUGAUGCUCCUUACCAUUCAAUAUCAAGGGCUUUAUUCUGAUGACAUGAUGCUCCUUACCAUUCAAUAUCAAGGGCUUUAUUCUGGUGAUAUGAUGAUGCUCCUUACCAUUCAAUAUCAAGGGCUUUAUUCUGAUGACAUGAUGCUCCUUACCAUUCAAUAUCAAGGGCUUUAUUCUGAUGACAUGAUGCUCCUUACCAUUCAAUAUCAAGGGCUUUAUUCUGGUGAUAUGAUGCUCCUUACCAUUCAAUAUCAAGGGCUUUAUUCUGAUGACAUGAUGCUCCUUACCAUUCAAUAUCAAGGGCUUUAUUCUGAUGACAUGAUGCUCCUUUCCAUUCAAUAUCAAGGGCUUUAUUCUGAUGACAUGAUGCUCCUUACCAUUCAAUAUCAAGGGCUUUAUUCUAGUGACAUGAUGAUGCUCCUUACCAUUCAAUAUCAAGGGCUUUAUUCUGGUGAUAUGAUGAUGCUCCUUAACAUUCAAUAUCAAGGGGUUUAUUCUGGUGACAUGAUGCUCCUUACCAUUCAAUAUCAGGGGCUUUAUUCUGGUGAUAUGAUGCUCCUUACCAUUCAAUAUCAAGGGCUUUAUUCUAGUGACAUGAUGAUGCUCCUUACCAUUCAAUAUCAAGGGCUUUAUUCUGGUGACAUGAUGAUGCUCCUUACCAUUCAAUACCAAGGGCUUUAUUCUGGUGACAUGAUGAUGCUCCUUACCAUUCAAUAUCAGGGGCUUUAUUCUGGUGAUAUGAUGCUCCUUACCAUUCAAUAUCAAGGGCUUUAUUCUGAUGACAUGAUGAUGCUCCUUACCAUUCAAUAUCAGGGGCUUUAUUCUGGUGAUAUGAUGCUCCUUACCAUUCAAUACCAAGGGCUUUAUUCUGGUGACAUGAUGCUCCUUACCAUUCAAUAUCAAGGGCUUUAUUCUGAUGACAUGAUGAUGCUCCUUACCAUUCAAUAUCAAGUGCUUUAUUCUAGUGACAUGAUGAUGCUCCUUACCAGUCAAUAUCAAGGGCUUUAUUCUGAUGACAUGAUGAUCGAUGCUUCGCUGCCAUUUGACAAAUAAGGAAAGAAUCUUUGUCUUUUGCCCAUAAUAAUCUCAUCAUGUAGGCUAUAGGCCUACCCACAUCUGUGAGCUGUUGGCUAGAGCACGUGUCAAAACCAGAGUGGGCCACAUCUGUGAGCUGUUGGCUAGAGCACGUGUCAAAACCAGAGUGGGCCACAUCUGUGAGCUGUUGGCUAGAGCACGUGUCAAAACCAGAGUGGGCCACAUCUGUGAGCUGUUGGCUAGAGCACGUGUCAAAACCAGAGUGGGCCACAUCUGUGAGCUGUUGGCUAGAGCACGUGUCAAAACCAGAGUGGGCCACAUCUGUGAGCUGUUGGCUAGAGCACGUGUCAAAACCAGAGUGGGCCCCAUCUGUGAGCUGUUGGCUAGAGCACGUGUCAAAACCAGAGUGGGCCCCAUCUGUGAGCUGUUGGCUAGAGCACGUGUCAAAACCAGAGUGGGCCACAUCUGUGAGCUGUUGGCUAGAGCACGUGUCAAAACCAGAGUGGGCCACAUCUGUGAGCUGUUGGCUAGAGCACGUGUCAAAACCAGAGUGGGCCACAUCUGUGAGCUGUUGGCUAGAGCACGUGUCAAAACCAGAGUGGGCCCCAUCUGUGAGCUGUUGGCUAGAGCACGUGUCAAAACCAGAGUGGGCCACAUCUGUGAGCUGUUGGCUAGAGCACGUGUCAAAACCAGAGUGGGCCACAUCUGUGAGCUGUUGGCUAGAGCACGUGUCAAAACCAGAGUGGGCCACAUCUGUGAGCUGUUGGCUAGAGCACGUGUCAAAACCAGAGUGGGCCACAUCUGUGAGCUGUUGGCUAGAGCACGUGUCAAAACCAGAGUGGGCCACAUCUGUGAGCUGUUGGCUAGAGCACGUGUCAAAACCAGAGUGGGCCACAUCUGUGAGCUGUUGGCUAGAGCACGUGUCAAAACCAGAGUGGGCCACAUCUGUGAGCUGUUGGCUAGAGCACGUGUCAAAACCAGAGUGGGCCACAUCUGUGAGCUGUUGGCUAGAGCACGUGUCAAAACCAGAGUGGGCCACAUCUGUGAGCUGUUGGCUAGAGCACGUGUCAAAACCAGAGUGGGCCACAUUUGUUUUACAACGCAACAAUUUGUAGUGACAAAGUCAUCAGUAGAGUUGAAAAUGUUACCUUUUAUUUAACUAGGCAAGUCCAGAACAAAUUCUUAUUUACAAUGACGGUCAAACCCGGACGACGCUGUGCCAGUUGUCCUCCACCCUGUGGGACUCCCAAUCACGGCCGGAUGUGAUACAGCCUGGAUUCGAACCAGGUACUGCAGUGACUCCUCUUGCACUGAGAAGUGGUGUCUUAGACCGCUGCGCCACUCGGGGGCCCAAAUGCGAUGGAAGCCCAUUUAGCUUUAUUUUUAAUUUUUUUUAUUCAGCGCGUGUGAAUUUAACGACAAAAGUUAUUUUUAUGUGCGCUCUGCCAUCACACACAGCCUUUUAUCCAGUGUGAUGGAAACACGUCUCUGGUGGGGAAACGCCCAUGUUUCUUCUGAUUGGUUUGAAUAUUCCCAUAAACACCUGUCGCCAAUUGGAAGGAAACCUCGCUAAAAAGCUUUAAAUAAAGAGUUGAAAUCCUGGCAUGUCACAUGGUGGUGUAAAAUACAGGACUCUAGGUAUAAGACUAUGAGGAAGCGGUUCUGUAUCUACUUCUGUUAUCUCAAUGGGUCCAUCGUAUCAGUCAAGUCUCAGUGACUGUAGAGACUAUGACUUGGAGAGAGGUGGAGCUGUGUAUCUCCCAUCAGAUUUGUUUUGAGUGUCUUUUAUGUACCAGAGAUGACCAGUUAUACCUAAAAAAAACGACUGUGUUGACCAAAACCACCUGGCAUAUACUGCUUCAUCAAAAUGUUCAUUCAGAUUCUGUAAUCAAAGAGGAUCAAAGCAGUGUGUUUAGAGAGACUGCAGCUCGGCUGUGAAUCAAGACGUUGUGAUGUCAUGUUGAAGAACUUUUACCACUUUAUUAAAACCCAAUGUGUUAGAAAAGAAAGUUGAUUUUCCUUUCAUUUUUACUUGAAUAUGUCACUACUGACUAGAUUAGACUUUUUCAGCAUCUUGUUUUUUAAUUUUUUAAUUUAUGCAUUUUAUUUUUCUUUGCGUUGUCAUAGUUACCUUUUUUUCUUAUUUUUUUUCUUAUGGUGGUCCAUAUUUGCACAGGUCACAGUGGUAUGAACAGAAAGACCACAGUAUCAUGCCACUUAUGCAAUAUUACUAGAUGGUGUUAUUCAUUCUGAGUCAAAACCACCAUUAAACUAUCAUCAAAACCA